GGCGAGGCUUAUGAUGGCAAGUCCCGAUGAGCAGGAGUCCCAUCUUGGAGCAAAGACGAAUUCCAAGUCACGAUCUCAUCAGUAUCGCGAUGUGUUUAAGCCAAUGAUAGAGAAGAAGCGGCGGUCCCGCAUCAACCGCUGCCUGGAGUAUAUAAAGGAGCUGCUUCUGGAGGUGUCCCAUCUGGACGCCGAGACAAUGGACAAAAUGGAUAUGGCAGACGUCCUGGAACUGGCUGUUCACCACCUGAGCAAGAAAAACUGUCCUGUGGCCACGCCUACAUCCAGAGAAUAUCAGAGCCCAAUCGAUUGCUAUUGGAGUGGCUUUCGAGAAUGCAUCCUGGAAGUGUCCCAAUUUCUGCAACACAACGGUUAUCAGGCGAAUUCCGAAUUUGUGGAAGAAUUGGAUCAGCUUAUGGCCUCCGCAUCCAAAUCCCAGCCAAAUCUAUGGAGGCCCUGGUAGUCAUCAUGGGAAAUAUCCACAAAAGUUCCUAAACUCACCAUUUCAAAUGGUAUGAAAAAGCAAACGAUUAUUAUGGGUUAAUUAUAUAGUAUUUAGUCCCAAAACAACUAAAGACACUUUUGCGAUAGAGGCACGAAAUAAAACUGCACAUUCGUUUUCUGCUUUAA